AUGCAUGCGACCGUGUCAGAUAAAGUGAUCCUGGCCACAGCAGUCAUCAAAAUAAAGACGAAUUCAGGCGAUUUCGUCUUAGCCCGAGCUUUGCUGGACUCUGGGUCACAAAUUAAUUUUGUGACUGAGGAACUAGCUCAGCGGCUGCAUUUGCGUAGAGAAGACUCGUGCAUCAGCUUGCUUGGCAUUGGUGAAUCCAAUUCUCAAGUUAAAAAAAAGAUACACACUGUGGUGAAGUCGCGAGUUGGCUGCAAUGAAUACGCGAUCGAUUUAUGGAUCCUCAAAUCGAUCUCAGGUUAUCAGCCAGAUCACACUGUAAAUGUCAGUGGCUGGAAGAUACCUGACAAUAUUCAGCUAGCGGAUCCCUAUUUCUUUAAACCGCAGAAAAUUGAUCUUCUUAUCGGCGCUGAAACAUUCUUUGACCUAUUGUCCGUUGGCCAAAUCAAGCAAGGUCCAGAGUGUCCAAUCCUCCAAAAGACAAGCCUUGGGUGGAUUGUCUCGGGGCGGUACACUCCUGGUGAAAAAUCUCACCAGAAGAUGACUGUCAAUCUGAGCUAUCAGGAAGAAAGUUUGAGCUCGAUUGACAAGACCUUGCUGAAGUUUUUGGACUGUCGAAGAUGUGCGCUCUCCCUCCAAAGUCCUUUCCGCUGA